GAAGAAAUAAAAUAUUUAACAAACCCUAACCCCACGUCGACAUCACUAACAUUUGCCAGGCUUCCAAGUAUCAAUGGAAAGCAAUAAAGACGAGGCCAUUCGAUGUUUGUCUAUCGCCCAGAAACACAGAGAUGCAGGAAACUUAUCCUCCGCUCGCAAGUUCUGCCAAAAGUCAAUUAUUCUCUUUUCUACGCCCGAGGCCAAGAGAUUACUUGCCUCCAUAGACGCUGCAGCUUCGUCCUCUGAUUCUGGCUCUGGGCCGUCGGCAUCGUCCUCUAGUACUGGUGGAUUCACAUCGUCAGCUGAAACGCACCCAUCUGCUCCAGGCGUUAAGCACCGCCAUGCUCCUUCGUCUGAAGCAAAUGGAACAGCUGGUGGUAUGGGUGGAGAGAAGAGGGAUUUCACCCCUGACCAGGUUGCUGUUGUGAAGCGUGUCAGAGCUUGCAAGGUUGCAGAGUACUACGAAAUCCUGGCAGUCAAACGAGACUGCGAGGAAGCCGAGAUCAAGAAAGCCUAUAGGAAGCUUGCACUAGCGUUACAUCCAGACAAAAAUGGCGCCCCUGGCGCUGACGAGGCGUUUAAAAUGGUAUCAAAAGCUUUCCAAAUUCUAUCCGAUCCACAGAAACGAACCGUGUUCGAUCAAAGUGGCGCUGAUCCAGAAUCACGGUCCAGCGGUAUGUCCGCAGGACGCUCACCAGGUUUUGCAACGAGCCAGUUUAGAGGUGGCUUCGAGGGCGAAUUGAGCCCAGAAGACCUAUUUAACAUGUUCUUCGGAGGAGGCAUGAACGCAGGAGGCUUUGGAACUUUCGGCGGUGGACCAUUUGGUGGUGGGGUUUUCGGUAAUGGACCAGUAUUUACCGCUUCUUUUGGUCCCAAUGGUUUCCGGAGGACCCGUGUCCGCGCCGAUGGGGCACGAGCUGCCCGAGAUGAACCUGAACAACGCCGAUCGGUGCUCACACAACUCCUCCCUCUAAUAAUCCUCCUGGCAUUCUCGUUCCUCUCCGCUCUUCCCAAUAUCUUCUCCACGGAUAUUCCAGACCCAAGGUUCUCCUUCUCGGCAACCUCACGAUACAAUGUCGAACGGCACACCAGCGGACUUGGAGUCAAGUAUCAUGUCAACGCCGCCGAAUUUUCGAAUCAUCCGCAUAUCGCUGCAGAGCUUGCGGCGCGCGAUGCUGGCAGGUCUACUCGGGGUAAUUCAGCGCUGAACCAAUUCGAGGGAACUGUAGAAAAGGUGUAUACUCAAGACCUGUAUACGCAAUGCCAACGCAAACUAGAAAGCAAAGAGCGGAGAAGAGAGGCUGAGGUAGGCUUCUUGGGUAUAGGAACUGAUUGGGAGAAAGUGAAGAGGAUCGAGCAGGAGCCGAUAGAGAGCUGCGAGGAAUUAAGACGAUUAGGUGUAUUGAAAUCAUAAUACCAGUUAUCUAUGGCUCUUUUUUAUGCAUCACACACUUCAGGACAGGUCUUAAUAAUCAGAAAUAUCGUAGAGCAUGUUUCUAUGUCAUCUUGUAAACAUCUUUAUUUAUGACGGUGCUCGACUU